CUUGUUUUUCCAACUAGGUAGCUGCUGCGAUGUUCUCGUCAGCGUUAAAAUAUGUAAUAUAUGCGUUUUUGAUAAUACCAGUUGACGUGAUAAUUUUUUACUUUUAAUGUUUUAUACGUGAGUAUAUCAAUAGUUUUUCGUGUGUUGAUUUAUUAGUUUUAAGGUCUUUGUUUCAUUGAAUUACCUACAUCCAAUAAACAAGUCGAAUCUGGUUAUGGUGCAGUAGAAAAGGCAGACCAUGAUUGGAGCUGUGAAGAAUAUCAUUUUUCUGCUUCUGGUGUACGCUUGGACAGAAACAUACGCCACGAAGCAUGACUGGAUGCAAUGCCACGAUGUCGUGAACGGGUGCAUUUGCAAAUGGGUCGGCGGCAGGAAAACGGCGACCUGUACGAGGGCUUUAUUCACCGAUAUACCGCAGGGUUUCAGCGACGAGAUACAAAGUUUGGUCUUAGACUACACGGAAAUCAGAACUUUGAAGAACGACGCGUUCAGACAAGCUGGAUUAAUCAAUUUACAGAAGAUUUCAAUGAAAUAUUGUAAUAUUCGUGAAAUCGAGAAAAACACGUUCGCUGGUUUGAGCAUCGUCAUCCAGAUCGAUCUGUCAGGCAACCAGAUUCGUAAACUUGAUCCGAAAUUAUUCGUCCCGACCGAGAAAUUACGACACGUGUAUCUGAAUAAUAAUUCGAUAGCGAGGCUAGAAGAUGGUUUAUUCGUCGAUUUGAAGUUCUUGCAAACGGUCGAAUUUGAAGAAAAUCAAAUUUCUUACAUCGGGCACAAAGCGUUCGAUAAUAUUCCUCAAUUGAAAAAUGUGAAAUUAAAUAACAACCAGUUAAAUCAUCUGAAUAAAACGAUAUUUGAGAAAUUCACCGGUUCGUUGAAAAGUCUAGAGUUGAAGAACAACCCGUGGAAAUGCGAUUGCCAUCUUCGUGAUUUCGUGGUUUGGUACACGGAAAGGCUGUACACGGAUCCGAUUAGUUGUUUCGGACCCGGAUAUUUGGCUGGUUUGUCGUGGGAUCAAAUCCAGCCCGAGCAAUUUGUCUGUAAGGUAGAUGUAGGUACUUUUUUUUCUUUACUAAAAUUGUGGGGGAAAACAUUUUUUUAGUAAAAAUUUUUCAAAAGACUUGCUUUUUGCCAGAAUUUUAAAAAAUACAAUAUUAAGGUAUUGUGAGUGCAUAUACGAAAAAAAAGUAUGGGUAAUUUUUAUUAUUUUAGCAUAGUAACCGGAUCACAUUCAAAAAUAUGGUACAGUUUGUUCCGAAACUCUGUAUGUCUGUCUGGUAUGACUUUUAUUUAUUCUAAAAUGUGAAAAUUCUGACGAAGAAGAUUAAAAUUAGCCUAGUAGGUUGAUAUCUUUCCAUAAUUUGGCUCGAAUAUUGGGAAGAUGUGUAUAAGGAAACAUUUUCAAAACGCGAAUUUAUCUACUCGAAAAAUGAGCUAUUUGCAGGGUGAAAACUGAAAAUGAAAUUCAGCGUCAAUUUUCUAGAUUGAACGACUGUGUUAUUUUUCACGUGGAGAUAAGUUGGUUUUACUGGUUUUGUCAUUCUUCAAAUUUUAGUUUUCAAUUUUAUAAAAUUUAAAAAAAAUGAUCACUCAAAAGAUUGAAUAGCAUUCUUACUUUUGACGUGAAAAUAAAUUGAUCUUGUUGGUCUUGAUGUUCUUCAAUGUUCAGUAACUAUUUAAAUUUAGGAACAGGGAAGUAGUAUUGGCUUAAGUAUUCCCUAUUUUUCACUCGUCGAAUCGAUUGGGAACGGUUUGGAACUGUUUUGAACAGCUCUUUUGGAGCCUGCAGCAAAAUUUCCGUCCUAAAAUUCUCGCUAUGCCUUGAAUUUAAAAUGCCAAGUCACGGGCGCUAUUUUCUUGAGUUAUUAUAUUUCAACAAAAAUUUAGAAUUCUGUAUUCUUCUUCAGCUUUUUUUUUCGAUUUCCCAUCACGGCUGCUUGGGUAUUUAUCGUUCACUUGGUAGCGUUAGGAGUUAUCUCAUGUUUCCGCCAGCUUGAUACUUGAAAAUAGUUUUAAUGAUUUGGAUGUGGUUUAGUCAUUAUUAUAACAUACCUACUUAUCUAGAUAUUUAACAAACAGGAACUUCAUUUUUAAAAAAAUGCUAGAUGGUAAUAUUUGUAUCAUGCAAAUUAAAUGACGCAUUUCGAAAAAAUAAAAUUUUCAUUUAAUUUCU